AUGUCCAUUCAUGUCACGGUAUCUGGUAAUCCCGUUUAUCUGGGCAGAGGUAAAGUUUUAUUGACGGAUAUAGAAACAGCAAAGAAAAAUGAAUGGUUAAGAAGAAGAAAAAUAAGGCUUCAGCAAGCUCGACAGCAGGCCAAAGAUUUAACUCAGUCUGUCAGAAGAAGAGUCUCAUCUGAAGAAAGUGCUCUUCAAAAGGAUGAAGAAGAAAAAGAAAAUGAAGAGCAAAACAGAAGGAGAGAAGAACAAAUCGCUUGUUUACAUAAUGAAUACCAGAAGUCUCUCUCUACGGUCGGUACAGGCCAUCAUUUGGCUUCGAUGCAGGAUGAGUGCGAUGCUCUAGCUAGAGAAAAACAAGAUCUGCGGGAUGCAAUAGCCAAGGCAAGAGGAGCUAUCGCAGAGGAAAGAAUAAAAGCUGAAAAAUGUAUCAAAAAAGAAAUGUCCCAAAUAACUCUUGGGAGAAAAAAGAUGGUCCGACAAAUGGAAGAUUUAAGAUCUGCUGUAGUUUCGAAUCUUCCCGAGGUCAAACCUUCAGUUUCACAGAUGAAGUCAUCUACCAUAAAAGUCCAAAUUCAUCAAAGUGAAGAUCCAGAAGAUGAACGUGAACAGUCAGUGUGUAGCAAAAAAGUUGUUCUCCCCACUAAGAAAUUUUCUCAGCGUGGUCAGAGGGAAUUUUCCAAAGCCAGGUCCAGCUUAUCUCCUCCAAGAUCUGCUAGGAACCGUCCGUCCUCCAGAGGCAGGAGGUCAAAUGUGGCUGAAGAAGACAGCGAUGAAGAUGACAGUGAUGAUUCUGACGUUACGUGGCCUCCAAGAUCCGCUCGAGUCACAAAAGAACCGAUAGAACCGCCAGAGCCUCCGAGGGUUAGAUUCUAUGACCAUAAUGCGAGGAUUGCCAAGCAAACUUCAAGGCCAUCUUACAGUGUUACCAAAGUCAAUCCCUUCGAAGAACCAGAUAUGUGUGAAGCUAUCGCCGAAGAAGAGGAAGCCGUGGUGAGAAAAGAAAAUCUAGAUAUAUUGGCGCGAAGAGAAAAAAUGAUUCGUGGAAAUAAGGCCCUCAAGCAGGAACGUGGGAGACGCGAAGCUGAAAAGUUCUUAAAGGAGUUGAGAGAAAUACACAGGAAGGAAAAAAUCCAGAUGGCUGUCAGCGGAACUUACCCUAGUGAUUUGCAUAUGAGGGAUUGUCGAAGGAAAGAAAUGGAAAUAAAAAACCAGGCAGAAUUGCAUAAGAGCAUCCUCCUUCCUCAAGGUGUUGCUAUAAAACCACCAAUGCCGACGAGCACGAAUCGAAAUGGAAUUAAGAUCAAGAGCUGUGAACUACCAACUGGAGGAGUCAAAUUAACGCGACUAGAUCCAGAAACUUCCCCGUUAACAAAAGAUGGUGAUCCUCCUGAAUCUCCUAAAAAAAUAUAUCAGGACUCAAGUACUGAUAAUGAAGAGUUUUUUCGAGAACUUGUUAGUAAGCUAAAAGCAGAAAGGGCCAGGCAACAGCAAGAAUUGGAAGCGAAAUUUGGUGCGAUUAACGUCGAGGAAGAAGAUAUUCCUCAAUGGAUCAGAUGUCAGGAAGAAGCAGGGCCUUCCGGCAUUAGAGUGGUACCUGUGAAACAAGACAGAGCGGUGAGCCCGGUCAAAUGUCAAACAGUUUGCGAAGUCUGCUCAUGUAGCUCCGAGUGCACUCGCUGCCCACGCAAUGAUAACAACAUCCAAGAACAGAAAGGGAUCGCCCAGCCAAGGAAUUCAGUUAGUCCUCAAGCUCGGCAUCCCACUAAUGUUGAUAAAGAAUUCACAAAAGAUCCUAAAAAUGAAAAUUUGCCUCUUGUUUCUGAUGAAAAGGAUGUUGUACACCCCGUGAUCGAAGCACCACCAAGUAGAGAACAGGUAAAAACUCCUCAAGAUGUUUCAAUGGCACCGAAUUCUCCACGGUUAAGUGAUGGUGCAGAAUUGGAAUGCGAAAUGGUUUCUUCGAAAUCCUCUUCUAAUUCGGAUGCAGUGGAAUCUUCAUUGACAUUUGAAGGAAUCAAAGUGACCGUUAAAGUGAGUGAAAAAUUAGGAAAGAAGAAAGACCGAUUGUCUACGGAACGAUCUCCCAAAACUACAGACAAAGAUAUACAAACCAGCUUAGAAUACUGUGAAGAAAGUCCUGUAAGCCGGAAUAUGACAUGGAACAACCAAUUCAGCAGUAGAGAAGCGACGUCAUCUGGUUCUACGUCUUAUAUGAGUCCGCCCAACAAGCUGAGUCCUGCACAUCAAGCAUUGUUGAGGGCGAUUCUUGGCAAGAUAGACGCCAAGAAUAAAAAUCCAAGGCUACACCAAUAUAUCAAAAGAGUUCUUGAGAUGAGCAGGAAGAGCAUUGACGAGUUGCCUACUUCCUCUGUUAGUGACAUUUCCAUCAGUAGCAGUAUUUUUGACAGAUCCACCAGGAGAAGGCCGAGUUCGAUUGGGGAAUGUCCUAAAGUUUGCAAGUGUCACGUUUCUCCCCAGGCGCACGCUAAUGUAUCAGACGAUUCGACAACUAAGGAAGCCUUGAAAUUUUCUGAAAUGGCCGAGGGUUACGCCCAUCGCGUGCAAGAUUUGGCCAAGAUGAUGGAGCGUAUUCGCAUCCUCCCAGAUUGCCGGACUGGAGACGACACAGAAGACAGCUCCUACUUGAGUCCUCCCCCGGAGGUGCAUCAUUCGGUGAGGUUAAGCCAGUCAGUGAAGGCUGGCGUCUAUCCGACAACACCUGCUGAUGAGAGUGGCGGAGUGGCUCAGAGGGUGUCACCGUGUUACGAUCUUCCUCCGGCUCAUAUUUAUCCUCACCCCAGUACUGCUACACAUCUUCAUCCUUCAUCUUCGCACAGCUCUAAUUCCAGGAAGUUCGCAGGACUGGGAUCAGCAGAAGUAGCUCCUCACGAAUUGUCGACAAUUCAGGAGUGUGGUGAGUCGCAGCGGCCUGAAACACCUCAACCUUGUGGGUUCGACCCCGAUAUUAGUUCUAUAAGAGGCAGCCCCAGGCAGCACGGUAGCAGGGACUCGACUGGUUCCAGCCUUUGCCUUCUCGACGACAGGGAUAUGAGCUCGUGGUUGGGUUCCUCCUCGGACAACUUCGAGGAAGUGUUUAGGAGCCUGGGAAUAGCGUGGGCAUUGCCGACGGUGCGUAAGACGCGGCAGUCCCAGCGCAGGACGAGCGGCAGCCAGUCGAGCUCCAGGUCUGGCGGCAGGGGCCAGUACUCACAUUCUACUCCUCUCGGACAGAGCCCAGCGAAGCCGAGCAGCGCUCACCAGUGCCAUACGGCCUCUGCCGACAGCGAUAGCCUCACACCUCCAACCCUCACCUUGAAUAUUCCACAGUCUGUCUGGCAUAACCGCAGGUGUAGUAAAUAAGUUAUAGAAGAGAAGCAAUGUAAAUAAAUAACAAUGUAUAACUGAAAUUUAUAUUUAUUUAAUGUAAAUUGUAUAUAUAACAGAAUUUCAGCAUUUUACAUUCCAAUGCUAUAAAUUUGACUAAAUUCUGACAGAAUAUAUUAUAUAAAGCAA